GCCCUUUAUUGUACAUGGACUUGAGUUUGAGUAUUAGGUGCGAGUGCGUGUUCAAGCAUCAAUUCUUUCUAAACCUAAAUUGUGGAGCAUUGGAAUAUGCAUCCAAAAGUUGGGUAUGGGUAUGGGGGCAAGUCUUAAACACUCAUUUAUAAUUCAUAUUGUAUAAUAUUCUUAGAUAGGAUGUUGUAAAUUUUUAAGAAAUAUAUUUCAAAUUAAAUAAGAUCUAAGAAAAAUAUGGAAUGCAUAUCUCAUUUGUGUGAGAAGCUAGAAUUGUUUCAUUACUGACAAAUGUGAGUGUCUUUUUAUUCGAACUUUAUAUAAAAUGUCUAAAUAGGGUACUAGUGUCGUACACACCCUUACCCUUGUCAUAUUUGAUGGAGUACACUGAGGGAAGUAAAAAGUCCAUAUAACACAGCUUGCCCUAUGGUGUCGUGUUGCUAUUUACGACUUGGUGAGAGUAAAGUUGUAUUUGUAGGAGUAUGUUUUUUAUGUAAGUAAUGCAUUGUCUGAUUAUUUAAGUCCUGGAAAAUUUCUGAUAGUGAUUAUAUUGUUUAUAACCAAUAAGGAAUUUGACAAGUUUGAAAAUAUGGUGUUUUGAGAAUUGUCUUAAUUGUCUACAGGCUCGUGAAUUUGUGAAUGAGCUUCAAGCUAGUACCAAAGCAUCAAGAAAUCCAACCAUGUGGCCUGAAGCUUCCACAGGAGCCAGCCUAAGUGCAAACAAUGCAGACACUUCUACAGUUUCAGAGGUGUACACCAAAAUGCUUACCAUUUUUAUUCCACUCCUUGUAGAUGAGGUUUCGAUUUUUCUACCAAUUUUUGGAAACACAACUAAUAUUUCUUUUUCUUUUUAGUGUUUAAACUUGAGUUCUUAUUGCUUAAACUGAAGAGUUCUUUCUUUGCACAUUUCAUGUGCUUUGAGGUUUCUGCACUUGUACCACCUGGAGGUGUUGCCAGUGGCAACAAAACUGGAUUGAAUGAUGAUGACACUAAUGAUGAUGAUCUGGGUAUCUUGGAUAUUGAUGAAAAUGACAGCAAAACUGGUAAAAAUUCUGCAGAGCUAGCGGCACUAAAUGAAUCACUUCAGGAACUGCUUGACGGAAUACAAGAGCUUCUGAUGGAUGCCAAGAUGGUAACAAGGUAUCUGGUCAGCUGCAUAGAUAUGAGCAUCUGAGUAGAAUGGCAGCAAUUGACGAGUCAGAAAGCCUUUCUGAUAUCGAUGAUGUUGAGGUUGACAAAUAUCUGCACAGUAAGGAAGAGAUGCAUUA